GCUGUGGAAAGAUGCGAUCAGCGAAGAGCGGAGGCUUUUCCUUAAUUGCUCAUUUCGGCAACAGAGGCUAAACAACCCCGACACCCGACUCCUCCGUGGUCUCUUGCCCGUUUAAGCGAGAAGCUCCGCGUACCCACCACGGCGUUUUUAACCCGGGAAAUAUCCAUGUUGUAAGCAGGAAAAACGCAGACCUUUACCCGGCGGUUUUGGCUCGAGCUCCAGUAUGUCCAAGCGGCGCUCGUCGGAGAGGGGGGCUGGAGAGACAUCAGGCAGGGCCAGCAAGCUGCAGUGUCCUGGGAUAUCCGGCAACAACGCCAAGAGAGCCGGGCCCUUCAUCCUUGGGCCUCGCCUAGGCAACUCGCCAGUGCCCAGCAUAGUGCAAUGUCUGGCCAGAAAGGACGGCACCGAUGACUUCUAUCAGCUCAAAAUCCUUACGCUGGAGGAGCGCGCGGACUCUGCAGGGGAGACUCAGGAGGAGAGGCAGGGGAAGAUGCUGCUGCACACAGAGUACUCCCUCCUUUCUCUGCUGCACAACCAGGAUGGGGUGGUCCACCACCACGGCCUCUUUCAGGAUCGAGCCUACGAAAUAGUGGAGGACAUGGAGGCCAACAAAGUGCGCAAGAUGAAGAAGCGGAUCUGCCUCGUGCUCGACUGCCUGUGUGCUCAUGACUUCAGCGACAAGACGGCGGACCUAAUAAACCUUCAGCAUUACGUUAUAAAGGAGAAAAGACUGAGCGAGCGGGAAGCCAUCAUUAUCUUCUACGAUGUGGUGCGUGUGGUGGAAGCCCUUCAUAAGAAAAACAUUGUACACAGAGACCUCAAGCUGGGAAACAUGGUGCUGAACAAACGGACUCACCGGAUCACCAUUACCAACUUCUGCCUGGGAAAGCACCUGGUGAGCGAGGACGACCUGCUGAAAGACCAGAGAGGAAGUCCGGCUUACAUCAGCCCUGAUGUAUUAAGUGGUCGGCCGUACCGCGGUAAACCCAGCGACAUGUGGGCCCUCGGCGUGGUCCUGUUCACAAUGCUGUACGGCCAGUUCCCCUUUUAUGACAGCAUACCUCAAGAGCUCUUCCGCAAGAUCAAGGCGGCUGAGUACUCCAUCCCAGAGGACGGCCGUGUGUCGGAGAACACGGUGUGCCUGAUCCGAAAGCUGCUGGUGUUAGACCCUCAGCAGAGGCUCACUGCAGGAGAGGUGCUGGAGUCUCUCAGUGGCAUUAUUGCUUCAUGGCAGUCUGUUUCAUCGUUGAGUGGCCCUCUGCAGGUGGUGCCGGAUAUUGACGAUCAGGUCAAUCACCCAGAACACAUGCAAGAGGCCAAGGUGAUAGAAGAGUCUUCACAGUACGAGUUUGAGAACUACAUGCGCCAGCAGCUGCUGUUGGCUGAAGAGAAGAACACUAUCCACGAGGCCAAGAGCUUUCUCACCAAGCGCCAGUUUGGCAGCAUCCCACCUGUACGGCGUCUGGGCCACGACGCACAGCCGGUCAGCCCGCUAGAUGCUGCCAUCCUGGCACAACGUUUCCUCCGGAAGUAGUAGUCCCCAACAUCCCAUGGCAGCCCCCACCCCACCACCAUCAC